UUAAUCUCCGAUACGCUUCCGUAAAACCCACGAUAUAAAACACCACACCGUCCCCCUUCUCCUUCUCAAUCCCCACAACAACAAUUCCUCAUUCUCCUUUUCCCUUCUUCAUCUCUCUCAAGUUCGAUUUUUGUGAAUUGGGUUUUGUGAUUUUAGCCUCCUUUCACAAUGAAGAUCAGCAAUAACCUCGUCGGGCUUCUCAACUUCCUCACCUUCCUCCUCUCAAUCCCGAUCGUCGUAGCCGGAGUGUGGCUGAGCAAGCAAGGCAGCACCGAGUGCGAGAAGUUUCUGGACAAGCCCGUCAUCAUUCUCGGCGUUUUCCUCAUGCUGGUCUCGCUCGCCGGCCUCAUCGGCGCCUGCUGCAGAGUCUCGUGGCUCCUCUGGGUCUACCUCCUCGUCAUGUUCCUCCUCAUCGUCGUCCUAUUCGCUUUCACCAUCUUCGCCUUCGCCGUCACCAACAAAGGCGCCGGCAAAGUGCUUUCCGAGAAAGGGUACAAGGAGUACAGGCUUGGGGACUAUUCUCACUGGCUGCAGAAGAGGGUCAACAGCACCAAGAACUGGAAUAAGAUCAAGAGUUGCCUUAUUGAUAGCAAGGUCUGCUCUACGUUUCGGGACAAGUAUUUCAACGAUACCAUCUCGGAGUUGUAUAAGGAGAACUUGUCUGCGCUUCAGGCCGGUUGCUGCAAGCCAUCAGAUGAUUGUGGAUUUACCUAUGUGAGCCCUAUUAACUGGAGCAGCAAUGGUACCAUCGUCUCUUCCAACCCCGACUGCCGCACAUGGGAGAAUGAUGCAAAGGUUCUGUGCUUCAACUGCCAGUCAUGCAAGGCUGGACUGCUGGACAACAUAAAAAGUAACUGGAAGAAGACGGCCGUCGUCAACAUUGUAUUCUUGAUCUUCCUCAUUGUUGUGUACUCUGUUGGAUGCUGCGCAUUCAGGAACACCAGGAGGGACAAUGAAUAUUGGAAGCAUUAAGCAAUAUCAGAUAUUGGCAUGUAAUGUAGAGAGUAGUUUAGCAGCUUGCUCUUCGUAGUGAAACCUAUGUCUUCUUAACUUUCUUAUGUUUAUUAAUUUCUUGUAAAGUAUUUCAUCACGUUUGGUUUAGGUUAUUAUAGUUUUUCAGCUGCUA